AGCUUAACCAUUUGUGAGAAACGCUGUAUGGCGUGAGUUUGCAUAACAGUGUAAAUGUUAGUUAGUUAGUUAGUUAGUUAGUUAGUUAGACCUUUGCUCAUAUGUUUGACGUGAGUUCAUGAUUGAAAGCUAGUGGUUGAGGCUUCUGAGAAAAUCAAAUACCUUCAGGAUCGGAGUCCCUGGAUAAUAGUGCUGGAGGGAGAGAUUCCUGAUCCUGAACUGACCAAAUUACUUCCUCCUCCACUAUGUGGCUUACACGGCUAACCUCACGCUUUGCUUCAGCUACAAGACUUGCAGGAUGCCUCGUACCACGGAGUUGCUCAGCGUUUGUGAACCGCAAAAUUCUUUGUGCGGGUUACAGCUCUCAACUGACUCAGAGACAGCAGGUUCCCCCACAUAACUGGUUGAGCUUUGAACCAGAGCUCGAUGACAUUCUGGUACCACGCAUGAUGUCCGUAAGCCCUUUGGAAAGUUUACUUACUAGCCGCUACUCUCUGCCCAAGCCUGAGGCUGUACAUUCUCAAAUAGAGCCACAGGAGCAAGAUAAUUCCUAUACAUGCCCCACACAUCAGGAUGAUAAAGAUAUUGAUGAGAACACAGACCAGCAGAAUAUAGUGCAAUGUAAGAAUGUCCUGAAGAUUCGAAGGAGAAAGAUGAACAAACACAAAUACAAAAAGCUGCAGAAGCGCAUGAAAUUUUUAAAACGUAAGAUACAAGAUGGACGGAGGCGCAGGCGACAGGCACGAUUUGAGAAAGACUUAAAACGCAUCUGGAAGAAGGCUGGGCUAGAGAAAGCACCGGAUGGUUGGCAGGUUCCAAAGAUCUAUGUAAAACAUUGAUAUCGGGGGCAUUGAAGAACACGUUGCUUUUAUUUUUGACACCUAGAAUACAAUUAUGAGAGGUUUACAUGCACCAGUCUGCCUAAUGUACAAACUCAUGCCAGCAGCAAAUUUGCCAGCUACCCUGAUACUUCAUUGGGAAGAGCAGGCAGGUAUUCAAAAUGAAAAUUCAAAAUGAACUCUUCCUAAUCACCAUGGACCAAUUUUAUCUUAUUAUGCCAAAUUGACUCUGGCACGCAAAUCUGGUACUGGGGAAGAAAUCCUGGUGUUUUCAGGAUUUGCCUCAAUGUGAUAUCCAGGAAUAUAGUUCUAUUAACUGUAAUUUGUAAUGUUACAUCCAACAGCAGAUAUGGCCAGUGGACUCCAAUUGUGUGCAUUUUUGUUGUUCCGUGUUACUGUACUGUAACUUUGUUCCCAGUAUAAACUUCUAGUUGUCAUAAAUGCAAAACUAUUCAAAUAAAUAGUUCAUAAAAUAA